AUGUCCAGUGGAAGAUCCUCCGACUCGCCCCGGCUGCUGCUGGACAUUAGUGGCAGCGGGGCCCUGGUGACGGCCACCGCUCUCGAUCACCGGUCACCCAGAAAGAUCAUCAAAGUGGAACAGUUCGAUGGUGGUGUAAUGAACAAUAACAACAACAACAACGGACACCACCAGAGCUACGAGCAGCACCAGCAAGUGCCACGCACCAUUCCGGACCUGCAUCCCAUUCAUCAUCAUUCGCAGCAACAUCCCGGCCACCAUCAUUUGGUGCAACCGCUCCAGGAGCACCACCACCACGGAGCUCAGCACCUUCAGCACCAGAGCCCGGACUUUAACGUGUUGCUGCAUCACUCGCGCAUAGUCCCGGUCACACCGGAAGUGGUCGAGCAGCCCCCGGGAACGAUUUACCUCUACCAGGGCCAUCCGGUGAUGACGGAGGUUGCCCAAUCGCGGCCAAUCACUCUGCCAUCGCUCCACCGUUGCUACGAUCAGCCCGAUCAUCUGGCUCAACUAGAGGCCAACCUGCCGGCGCUCGUGUCCUCGUACGCCUGUGAUGAAUCCUCCGCCAAGAAGCGCCGGAUCGUGGACGCCGACUAUGACUACGAGUUCGAUCAGCCCUCGUUGAGCCCCGAUGUGCCACAGACCUAUCCCCAACAGCCGGAGAAAAGGGCCCGCUACGGCGAUGGCUACGGUACCGUCUGGAGCUUCUCGAAUGGAGCGCCCGGUACGGUGGAUUAUGUUGGCCCGGUGGCCGGAUCUUACGAAGCCACCGAGAUGCUUCCGGGCCCCGGGGGACCGGCGCUUGAGGAGGACUCUUCUAAUGGGUCGCCCGACGUCAAGGACGCGGCGCAUCAGUACGGAACCGAAGGUCCGGUCCUCUACUACCACCCGGGGAUGGCCACGGCGCACGGCCAUACAUCCUCACCCAACAGUCCUCUGGUCGGUACGGGAGAUGCAGAAAGUUGCUCCCUGUCUGUUACAUCCGCUGGGUCGGGUUCUCCGGUCAAACUGGACGAUUCGUUGGGUUCGUGCGGAAAGUACUCGGCCCAGCAUCCACAACCACCGGCCACCGUCGUUCAGCUGGGUGCCGCAGGUCCUGGAACGGCCGGGUCGGAAGAACCGAGCCGGGCGAAGGUUUCCGGGCGUCGCGUGCGGCCACCGCGGAUCCGGAAGCGCCAGACGAAGGAGUCGAUUCGGUAUGAGGACCUCCAGAGCCAGCGCGUAAUGGCGAACGUACGCGAGCGCCAGCGAACGCAGAGCCUGAACGAGGCGUUCGCUUCGCUGCGCAAAAUCAUUCCGACCCUACCGAGCGACAAGCUGAGCAAGAUCCAGACGCUGAAGCUGGCCUCGCGAUACAUCGACUUCCUGUACCGGGUGCUGUCGAACAACGAGCUACCGACGAUGCUGGAGGAGCACAAGGCGAUGGCGACGUCCGGCGGGGCGUUGCAGUUCUCCGGCAGCGGCAUCCUGGCGCACGAGAAGCUCAGCUAUCUGUUCAGCGUGUGGCGCAUGGAGGGCGACUGGAGCAACGGGUCCGCGGCGUCCGGCUCGGUCAGCGGUGGCGAGAUGGGCGACGGUGGCGGUGGCGGUGGCGGGAAGGACUGA